UCCUGGAUGUACUGAAUGGACAAGGAAACAUUUGCAAUAUUCCAAGUCGUUCAACGAUGGACACUUGAAAAUAAGGAAUUUUCGCACCAAUGCUUUGCUAUAAAAGGACUUUCAACUGACUGCUGAUUUACAAUUAAAACAUAAAAUACAUUGAGGAGAAAAACACUGACUUUAAAAAAUGAGACUAUUUGCAUAUAUCAUGUUUGUCUUUCUGUAUUCAGUUGCUUGGGCUGACGAACCGGAAGAUAAGUUUUCAUACGAGUCCAAAAUUUUGGAGAAGGUGAUCCGUAUGGAGAUGAAGAUGUCCCAGCUGGAACAAGGGCUGGUGCAGACGGGGGCCAGGUUCGACAACCUCCUGAUGAACGUCACGAUGACCUUGGAUAACAAAACGGCCGAAUUGGAUGACUUGAAAGAUCAUAUGGGCUUGCCUCUGGUUGCGUUCCAUGCCUACGACCCAUUGGACUACAGCCUUGAUACGCACCAAAUUCUCAUACUAAGUACCGUCAAAAUGAACGAAGGGGAUGGCUACGAUAACGUUAUCGGCGUCUUCAGGGCACCCGUUGCGGGACUGUAUUACUUCGCUGCGCAUGUUUGCACCUCCUCAGGGAUUGGGUUUUACUACGAAAUCGUGAAGGAUCACGGAAUGAUUGCCAAGAUUACGAAAUUUAACAAGGUGCAAUACGAUUGUGGCUCUGUCAAUGUCAUCACCAAGAUGGAAAAGGACGAACGUGUAUGGAUCAAGUGCACAAGUGGCAACACCUCCAACCAACUGCAUCCCAGUUAUGGCAAAACGUCGUUCCUUGGCAUUCUUAUGCACAAAUAA